AUGCUUGAAUCCCUAGUGGCGGGACUUUUGAACAGGGUAUUGGUGAGUAUUUGGAGUGGUGAUGUCAAAUUAAAGAAUUUAAGAUUGAAGAAAGAAUCUUUAGAUAAACUAGAAUUACCUGUUGAUGUUAAGUUUGGUCAUUUAGGUGAAUUGACUUUACAAAUACCAUGGUCCAAUUUGAAAGGGAAACCUGUUAAAGUCACAAUUGAAGAUGUUUAUUUAUUAGCUUCCCCUAUAAUUCAAGAUGAAUAUAAUGAAGAGGAAGUUCUAAAAAGAGAAUUGAAUUUGAAAUUACAAAGAUUAAACGAUUUAGAAUUAAUAAAUAAAGCAAAUCCAACAAAUUCAUUAUCACCAGAGGAAAAUGCUAAAAAUGAAAGUUUCACUGAAAGUUUAGUAACUAAAAUUGUGGAUAAUUUACAAGUUCAAAUUAAAAACAUUCAUCUAAGAUAUGAAGAUGUUGAUAAUGUUUUUACUGAUAAUCCUUAUGCCAUUGGUGUCACUUUAGAUGAACUUUCUGCUAUUUCAACUGAUUCAAAUUGGAAACAUACAUUUAUUUCCGUAUCUCAACAAUUAACACAUAAAUUAUUAACUUUAAAAUCUUUAUGUUGUUAUUGGAAUACUGAUGCAAAAUCUAUUUAUACUGAAAAUCAAAAUGAAUUAUUUGAAAAAUUCAAAAAUUCCAUUAUUGAUCAAGAUAAUUUAUCUCAAUAUGAAGAAUUUACUCAAUUUUUACUUAGACCUGUUAGUGGAUCUGGUCAUUUAACUGUUAAUAAACUUGGAACAACUGAAACUCAACCACAUCUUAAAACCGAAUUGUUUUUCGAGGAAUUUGGUGUUGAUUUAGAUUCAAAUCAAUAUAGAGAUGCUCUUUUAACUGCUUCAAAAUUCCAUUGGUUUAAUAAAACUCAUAAAUUUAAGAAAUUUAGACCGAAUGUCCCAUUAAAAGGUAAUUCUAAAGAAUGGUUUAAAUAUGCUGCAAAAUGUGUUUUAAAUGAAAUUCAUGAAAAAAAUUAUGCUUGGAGUUGGGAAUUUUUAUCCAAAAGACGUGAAAAUAGAAUUGCCUAUAUUAAAUUAUGGAAAGAAAAAUUAUUAUUAUGUGAUAUAGCACAACCUUUACCAAAACAAUCACAAAAUGAAGAACUAGAAAAUUUACAUAAAGAAUUAACUUUUGAAGAUAUAAAAUUUUUCAGAUCUUUGGCUAAAAAGGAAUUAAGAAAAGAAAGAAUUGCAAAUGCUGAAUCUGCUCCAAGUUCAUCUGAAAAUGAACAAGCUGUUGAUAAUACUUCACAACAACAGCAACAACCAGCUUCUGGUGGUUGGUUCUCAUCAUGGUGGUCUAAACCUGCAGAUACAAAUGAUUCAUCAAAUGAAGAUAAAUUAGUUCUUACAGAUGAACAAAGAGAGGAGCUUUACAAUGCUAUUGAAUUUGAUGAAAAUAAAGCACUAGAAGAAGCUGUGAAUAUUCCAAGAGAUCGUAUAAAUUUCCAAUUAUCUGCAAAUUUGAAAAAAGGUGGAUUUACAAUUAAAAAUAGACAAUCCAAGAAAAAUUUAGCUGAAGUUAUAUUUGAAGGUUGUUCAGCUCAAGUUUAUCAAAGACCUGAUUCAUUUUUAACAAAUUUUUCAUUACAAGAAUUAAAAGUUGAAGAUGGUACUGAAUCAACUUUAUAUAAACAUGUUGUUAGUGUUAAACCAUUAAAUACUGAAUUAGAAACUAAUCAAAAUAAUGAUGAACCAUUUUUCCAAGUUUCAUUUGAAAAAAAUCCAUUAGAUGGAUCUGCUGAUUCUGCUUUAUUAGCUAAAUUGAAGAGUAUGACAAUUUUUUAUCAUGUUCAUUUUAUUAAUGAGAUUAUUAAAUUUUUCACUCCACCAAAAGAUCAUUUAGAUACUAUUAAUGCAAUUUUAAAUGCAGCUGAAGCAACAAUGGAAGGUAUAACUUCUCAAACAAGAAUGGGCCUAGAAGCUAUUUGGGAAGAACAUAAAACCAUCAAUGCUAAAUUGGAUUUACAAGCACCGUUAAUUAUAUUACCAUUGGAUGCAAAUUCUUGGUCGUCACCAUGUGCAGUUGUUGAUGCUGGUCAUAUAAGUUUAGUAAGUGAUCUUGCUGACAAGGAUAAGACAAAUAAUAUAAAGAACUUAUCACAAGAAGAAUAUGAAAAAAUUGAUAUAACUGAAUUGAAUAGAUUGAUGUAUGACAAAUUUAACUUACAUUUACAAGAUACUCAAGUUCUGAUUGGUUCCACUAUAAAAUCAACAGUGGAACAACUUCAUGAUCCACAUAAUAAUUCUUCAACAAUUUUAGAUAAAUUAGACAUGAAAAUGUUAUUGGAAAUGUCAAUUUUACCAAAAGCUUCUAAUUUAGCUAAAAUUAGAGCAACUGCUAAACUUCCUGCUUUCAUUGCUAAAAUGAAUGAUUAUCAAUACAAAAUUAUGAUGCAAUUAGUUGAUAAAUGUAUUCCAAACUUUGAUAUUGGUAAUGAAGAGAAUGAUGAAAACGAAUUGAAACCAGUGCAUGGUCCAUUGAGUUUGAAUAAACCUGUUGAUUCUAAAUUUGAUUUAGAUAAUAUUACAGAAUCAGAAUCAGCUAAGUCUCAAAAAUCAGAAUCAGCUAAAAAUAUUGAAAAACAACAUCAAUUUGAAUUCAAUUUUAAUGUUGACAAGGUUCAAUUAUUAUUAUCUAAGUGUACUGAUGGCUCAACAAUGGCUUCAGAUCCUAUUGUUGAUUUAGUUGCUGAAAGAUUUGAACUUGAUUUUUACAAAAUGGAAACUGGUAUGCAUGUUGAUUUAACUUUAUCAACAUUCAAUAUUGAAGAUUAUAUUGAAGAUUCAGGUCCAAAAGAAUUCAAGAAAAUCAUCUCGUCAAAUAAUUUCACUGAAAAAGAUGGAAUUGAAAGAUCCAGUGAGGCAUUUAGAUUAAAAUAUGAUAGAACACAAAGAAUCGUUACAGUUAAUAAUCAAAAUAUUGAAGUUUUCGAUCAAGAUGUUGAUUUAAAUUUAUCAGCUUUAAAAGUUAUAGUUACAAGAAAAAGUUUAUUAACAAUUUUGAAUUUCAUCUUGACAACUUUUACAAAUCCAAAUCCUGAAGAAACUCCAGCAGAUAUUUUAAGACAUAAUGAUGCUUCACAAAUUGAAACUUCACCUCAACAAAUUAGAGUUAAUGUUAAUUUGGAGGGUAUUGUUUUGGCUUUGAAUGAUAAUGGUAUCAAACUUGCUACUUUACAAUUAUCUACUGCACAUUUUAAUGUUUUGGUGUUACCUGAGAAGAUGAAAGUGUAUUCAAAAUUAGGUGCAUUGACUGUUCAUGAUGAAGUUAAUGAAGGCUCUUCAAGGGAUUCUAUUGUGAGAAAGAUUUUAAGUUUCGAUGAAAAUCAAUUGGCUGAAUUUACAUAUGAAACAUUUGAUCCAAAUGCUGAAAAAGAUCUUGAUUACGCAAGCUCAUUUAAAUUUAAUGUUGGUUCAUUAAGAGUUAACUUUGUUGAAGGUCCAGUGAAUAAAAUUUUAGAUUUCUUGAGUAAAUUCCAAAAAAUGAAAUCACUUUAUGAUUCUGCAAGAGAUACUGCUUUUAAUCAAGUAAAUAUUCAAGACCAAAAUUCCAUGUUAUUUGAUAUCACUAUUAAAACACCAAUUAUUGUUUUCCCUAAAUUAGUGGAUUAUAAUAAAAGUCUAUAUGACAAUGUGACUUUAUAUUUGGGUGAAUUUUCAGCUUCAAAUAAAUUUAUCAAUAUUUCAGGAGAUUCAAUAAAUAAUAUCAGUUGUGGUUUGAGAUCAACUAAAAUUACAUCAUUAUUCCAUCAAAAUAAUGUUAAACAAUCAUUCAAGAUCUUGGAAGAUACAGAUAUUAUUUUCGAUAUCAAGUAUAAUGAGAAGACCAAUGAGAAAGUCCAAAUGCUUAUUGAUGGUAAUAUGAGUGAAGUUAUUGCUGAUUUGACUGAACUUCAACUAUCAUAUUUGUAUUCAUUAUCCAAAUCCGUCCCAGCUGCUUUCACUUUUGAUGAUUCUUCAUUAUCAGAAAUUGAAGAUGCAGCUUUGAAUGCUAAUAAAGUUAUUGCUCCAGAUGCAACAUAUGGUGCGGAUUCCGAAAUUAUUUCUAAACCUGAUAACAAUGUUUUAACUGCUGAAUUUCCUGAAAAUAUUAAAGUUGAUUUUAAAUUCGACUUACCAAGAGUUGCUUUGACAAUUCAUAAUAGCACCAAUGAAGCUGAAUCUUUAGAUAAAACUGCUAUUUCCACUUUUUCAUUAGAAGAUAUUGGAGUGGAGUUCAAACAAAAAUAUGAUACCCAUUUCGAUUCAGAAGUUCAUGUUCAAUCGCUCGUUGCUAGAGAUGUUCGUGAAAUCAAAGAUAACCAAUUCCCUGAAAUAAUUCCAAAAGUCGCUAGUGAUAAAUAUCAUUUCUCAGCUACUGCCACUACAAAUGGUCCAUCUAAUGACAAAAAUACUAUUGUUGCUGUUAAUAUUAAUAGUCCAAAAUUAAUUUUAGCUCUAGAUUAUUUAUUUUCUUUGAAAAACUUCACAGAUGUUGCAUUGAGUCAACCAGAACACAUUACACAUAAAGAAAUUACAAAUGAAGAUGAUGAAGAAUUACCAAGCAAUGCUGCACAAACAGAAUAUACACAAGAAAAUGAAGAUGACGACCAGGUUAAAGCUUCCCAAAACUCUAAAUUUGGUAUUACGGUGAAUGUUGUUGAUACAUCUUUAAUCUUGAUUGCUGAUCCAACUCUAAAAAAUUCUGAAGCUAUUGUUUUCAAGAUUGAACAAUUACUUGCAUCAAGUCAAAAUAUCUCAUCUGCAAGUGCUAACAAUGUCGGUAUGUUUUUGUGUCGUAUGGAUCAAUAUGAAAAUGAUCGUUUAAGAAUUAUUGAUGAUUUUUCCUCUACUAUUUCUAUUGAUAAUAGAGGGAGUACCAAGGAUAGUCUUUUGACAUCUAUCCAUGCAUCAGUUGAGCCAUUGGUUAUGAGAGUUUCAUUGAGAGAUAUUAGAUUGGCUAUUUCAAUUUUCAACAAGGCUAUGGACCUUGCUCAGAAACAUGGUUAUAUUGAAGAACAAGCUGCUGAAGGUGACGAAAAUGAAAAUGGUGAAAAUGGACACACUACGUUCACUAAAGAAUUCAAGAAAAAAUUGGCCAAAUAUGCACCAAGUAUUGCCACAUCUAUCGGGAGUGUCAAACCAAGACGUCAAUCUGUUAAUGAACCUGAAAUUCUUAUAAGGGCUGAAGAGUUGUCAGCAGAUAUUGAAGGUUUCAGAUUAGUUUUAAUUGGUGAUAUACAUGAGUUGCCUGUUUUGGAUAUGUCAGUAAACCCAUUCCAUGUUUCUGCUAAAAACUGGUCCUCUGAUUUAGAAGCUGAUACCAGUAUUGAAUCAUCUAUCAACAUUUUCAAUUAUGCCAAAUCGUCUUGGGAACCUUUACUAGAACCAUGGCCAAUUGCUACACAUAUAUCUAGAACUCAAACUCCAAAAUCUAAGAUUUAUGUGGAUUUUGUCUCUAGAAAGUUAGCACAAGUAACUUUAUCAUCUCGUUCAAUUGCAUUGUUGUCCCAAGUUAUGUCUUCUAUUUCAGCUGACAAAAACAUUAAAGGUAGAGGGGCUGAAAAGCCAUACAAGAUUUUGAAUGAAACUGGUUUUGACAUUCAAGUAUGGAUUGAUACAGGUAAUGAAAGACCUAAUUUGACAAAAAUCAAAGACGGUGAAGUAAUUCCAUGGGAGUUUGAAGAUUGGAAAAACAUUCGUGAGAAUUUAACUACUGAUAAUAAAAAGGGCGUUCUUGGUGUCGAGCUUUUAGAUUCAGGUUAUGGUGCUAUCACUAACAUUCAUGUCACAAGUGAAGGUGAAGAUCUUUUCAUGUUGGAACCACCAGUUAAUGAUUACCAUAAUAGACUUGCUGUUGAUAUUUCAUUAGGAGAAGAUAAUGUCAAGACUAUUAAGUUGAGCUCUACCAUAACUAUUGAGAAUAAUACUCAAGUGAAUAUUGUGAUUAGAGGUAGAAGUGAGUUUUCUAUCCCACAAGGGUCAUCCAGAUCCAUUCCUAUUGAAGAAGUUUAUGAUACCCCAAUUUAUGUCAAGCCCGAUAUCAAUGUUCCAUUUGAGUGGUCAGAGAACAAUAUAUAUUGGAGAAGAUUAUCAAGAUCUGGAGCUUCAAUUAGAUGUCCAUCAGUUGAUCCUACUGAUAGUACUAGUUUCUUUUUCCAAGUUGAAGCAAAAUAUGAUAGAAGUGAACCGUUAUCUAGAAUAUAUCCACAUAUGAAGAUUAUUCUUUCACCACCACUUGAAAUCGAAAACUUGUUGCCAUAUGACUUAUCAUAUAGACUCUAUGAUAGAAGUGCAAAACGUGAUUGGAAGAACUCAUUAAGAAAAGGUAAUACAAGUCCUGUUCAUGUUGUCAAACUGGAACACUUUUUACUCUUGAGUGUCAAGCCUCUUGAAUGUGGAUUUGAAAAAAGUGAUUUUGCAAUUAUCAAUGCACCAAAUAACAGUGAUUUUAAAAAAGAAAAUCGUUUAUUAUUAAAGAACGAAGAUGGGCAAAACUUAAAAUUGAACAUUCACUAUAGCUCUACAAGAAAUGAAGGUGCGGGUAUUAAGGUUGUCAUUUAUUCUCCAUAUAUUGUUUUGAAUCGUACUGGAAGAGAUUUGUUUGUACGUGAAAAAUACAACACACUGCAAUCUAAGGUAAAGACCAAUGAAGAAAUGAUCAAGAACACAUCUCCUAAAAUGUUUUCAUUUGAAGAAAAGAGAGAUCGUGGCUCUCGUGCUUUAAUUGGUUUAGCAGAUUCUGGCUGGAGUAAACCUGUUAGUUUUGAAGCCAUUGGUAGGGCAAGUGAAGUCACAAUGCAACUUCCAAACAAGAAAUCAGAAAUGAAUGUUGGUAUUGAAGUCAAAGAAGGUGAAGGGAAGUAUCAGCUCUCAAAAGUUGUUACAAUAUCUCCAAGAUAUAUUAUCAAAAAUAACCUCAGUACUGAUAUUGAAAUUGUUGAUAUCGGAUCAUCUGAUUCUUUGCAUUUGAAAUCUGGUAGUAUGGAACCACUUUAUCGCUUACCAAGAAUGGAAGAUAAGCAGCUAAAAUUGCUCUUACCUGGUGGAAGCUCAAAAUGGUCAUCGCCUUUCAGCAUUAAAGAUAUCGGUCAAGUUUUCUUAAAAGUUUACAAGCAGGAUGUUGGCCAAGUUUUAUUGAAAGUUGAUGUUUUAUUGGAAGGCUCUUCCUUGUUCAUUCAUAUCGAAGAUGGUAAAAAUCGUUGGCCGUUUUCUAUUCGUAAUUUCAGUGACGAGGAGUUCAUAUUUUACCAAAAGAAUCCAAACUUGAAUGAGAAUGAUGAGGUUGUCACUAAUGAUCACACUCCAUUCAAACCAAUUUAUUACAAGAUCCCACCAAAGAGUGUUAUGCCAUACGCGUGGGAUUACCCUGGUGGUAUAAUGAAAGAAUUGAUUAUCAGAGCCGAAGGAAGAGAAAGAUAUAUUCAGUUGGCAGAAAUUGGUAAUUUACGUCCUAUGAGAUUAACAAAUUCCGGUAAAAUUGUUGAUUUGAAUGUUGUCGCAGAUGGACCUACACAAUCACUUGUGAUUUCCAAAUAUGAACCUUCUAACAGUUUGUACAAGCUAAGAGAUGUUCGCACCAGCUCAUCACUUUCCGUGAAUCAAAAAGAUAAUUUUGAACCAGAAGCUGAAGAUUCUGAUAUCAUGAAUAGAAUACUAUUCAAGUUUGAAGGUAUAGGUAUUUCAUUAAUCAACACUAGACAACAAGAAUUAUGUUAUAUCACUGUUCGUGGUGUGGAACUUCAUUUCAAUGAUUCUGAGUUAUAUCAAACUGCUAGUUGUAAGAUGAAAUGGAUUCAAAUUGAUAAUCAAUUAUAUGGUGGUAUUUAUCCAAUCAUUUUGUAUCCUACUGUUGUUGCACAAUCUUCAAGGGAGAUGAAUAAUCAUCCUGCAUUCUCUGGUGCAAUCUCAAGAGUCAAAGAUGAUAGUUAUGGUGUUACUUAUAUCAAAUAUGCUACUACAUUGUUACAAGAAAUGACACUUGAAGUUGAUGAAGAUUUCUUGUUUGCUCUAUUAGAUUUUUCUAAAGUUCCUGGUGCAUCAUGGAAUAAAGAAGUACAUGAUCAACUAUGUGAAAAUGUUAUUGUGUUACCAGAGCCGGUAAAUGGUACAGGGGGUAGUGAUAUUUAUUUUGAAGCUUUACAUAUUCAACCUACUCAACUCAACUUGUCAUUUGUUCGUACUGAGAGAAUUAACGCUGAAGAUAAGAGUUCCUCUCAAAAUCCAGUGAUGUUCUUUUUCAAUGUUUUGACUAUGGCUAUUGGUAAUAUCAAUGAAGCUCCAAUCAAAUUGAAUGCUUUAUUCCUUGAAAAUAUUCGUGUACCAACUCCAGUUUUGGUUCAAUCAAUUCAAACACAUUAUGGACAAGCAUUUUUCUAUCAAAUUCACAAAGUUCUUGGAUCGGCUGAUUUUAUCGGUAAUCCGGUUGGUUUGUUUAAUAAUAUCAGUUCUGGUGUUAUGGAUAUUUUCUAUGAACCUUAUCAAGGUUUGGUAAUGAAUGAUCGUCCUCAAGAGCUUGGUAUUAGUGUUGCUAAAGGUGGUUUGAGUUUCUUAAAAAAAUCUGUUUUUGGUUUCUCUGAUAGUUUUGCUAAAGUUACUGGCUCAAUUUCAAAAGGGUUAACAGUGGCUACUAUGGACAAAAAUUUCCAAGAUCGUCGUCGUAUGUCAAGAAGAAGAAAUAAACCUAAACAUGCUUUAUACGGUUUCAGUGCUGGUGCUUCAUCUUUUGUUGAAGGUAUUUCUAGUGGUAUUUCAGGUAUAGCCUUAGCUCCUGUUCAAGGUGCAAAUGAAGGUGGUGCUGGCGGCUUCAUCAAAGGUAUCGGGAAAGGUCUUAUUGGUCUGCCAACAAAAACAGCCAUUGGUGUUUUUGACUUGGCUAAUAACGUUAGUGAAGGUAUUAGAAACACAACCACUGCAUUUGAUUCAGAAGGGAUUGAUAAAAUUCGUUUACCAAGAUAUAUUAGUCAUGAUGCGAUUAUAAGACCAUUCUCUGAAAGAGAAGCACAAGGUCAAUUUUGGUUGAAGAUGGCUGGUGGUGGUGAGUUGGUUAAUGAUGAUUAUUUAGCUCAUGUUGUCUUACCAGGUGAAGAAAUGGCUGUUAUUGUCACUUAUAAACAUAUUGUCUUGGUUAAAGUUACAUCUCUCGAAGUUGUCUGGACUAUUAUCUAUGAAGACGUCAGAUCUAUCACACAAGAGAAGACAGGUAUUAAGAUUGGAUUAUCAAAUGGUAAACGUGGACCAUUUGUUCCAAUUCCAGAAGCGAACUCUAGAAAGUUUUUAUACAAGCAUAUCGGUAUUGCUGUCAAUGAAUAUAAUAAGCAUUGCCAAGUCAUUCCUUAG